AUGGUUGAUCAAACUCCACUCCAAAAAAUCGUUCUGCCAACAGGAAAAACGUUGGAAGUCCAAACAGGAUUAUUCAUCAACAACAAAUUUGUGGAAUCAAUCGAUGGACGACGCUUCGAAACUGAGAACCCAUCGACCGGCAAAUUAAUCAUCACCGUCGCAGAAGCAAGCGAAAAAGACAUUGACCUAGCAGUGGACGUAGCAACGAAAGCCUUCAACAACGAUUGGCAAUAUGUCGCGGGGAAAGAGCGUGGUCAAUUACUAUACAAACUUGCGGAGUUGAUGGAGCGUGAUCGUGAGGAGCUGGCGGAAUUGGAGGCGUUGGAUAAUGGGAAAGCAUAUGCCACGGCAAAGAAUGUGGAUUUACAGCUGACUAUUGAAACGAUUAGAUAUUAUGCUGGUUGGGCGGAUAAAAUUCAUGGAAAGGUGAUAGAAACAACACAUGAUAAAUUUAAUUAUACGCGUCAUGAACCGAUUGGUGUCGUUGGUCAAAUUAUUCCUUGGAAUUUUCCACUUCUGAUGUUGGCAUGGAAAUUGGGGCCAGCUUUAGCAUGUGGUAAUACUGUCAUUCUUAAACCCGCCGAACAAACUCCACUUAGUGCAUUGAAGACGGCUGCAUUGAUUCGAGAAGCUGGGUUCCCGCCUGGAGUAGUAAAUAUUGUGCCUGGAUUUGGAUCCACAGUUACCGGUAGAAAAAUCCUUAAAGCCGCCGCUGAAAGCAAUCUCAAAAAAGUGACGCUAGAACUUGGUGGCAAAUCACCAAACAUUAUUCUCGAGGACGCUGAUCUUGACCAAGCGAUAAAAUGGGCACACAUGGGAAUCUUUUUCAACCACGGGCAAUGUUGUUGUGCUGGCUCCCGAGUUUACGUUCACGAAAAGAUCUACGACAACUUCUUAAAUCGAUAUAAAGAAUACGCGCAAACGACAAAAUUAGGAGAUCCUUUUCAACCGGACACUGAUCAGGGUCCACAAAUUUCAAAAUUACAAUUUGAUAAAAUCAUGUCGUAUAUUGAGUCGGGGAAAAAAGAAGGCGCUACUUUAGUGUUUGGUGGUAAUAGACAUGGUACUGAAGGGUAUUAUGUUGCGCCUACUGCUUUUACAGACGUGGCAAAUGAUAUGAAAAUUAUGAGAGAAGAAAUUUUUGGGCCUGUUGUAGCUAUUUCUAAAAUCAAUUCAAUGGAAGAUGCGAUCGAGAAAGCACAUUUAACAGAAUAUGGAUUAGCAGCCGCCGUGUUCACUAAAGAUGUUACCCGUGCCAUAAAAGUUGCAAAUUCGUUAAAAGCGGGGACUGUUUGGGAAUCCGGAAUUGGUCGUGAACUUGGUAAAUACGCAUUACAACAUUACACGGAGGUCAAAACUGUUUCUAUCAAUUUGGGCGUGGUAUUAUAA